AUGAUUGUCAGACGGCGGGUGUCGUCGGUGUCGGAGCAGUGGGAGUGGGGCGGGUGCGGGGAGGCGGCGUGGGGCGCGCGGUUCGCCCGCCGCUGGCUGGACGCGCGCGAGCUGGAGGGGGACGCGCGCGCCGCCAUGAACCUGCACAACAACCGCGUCGGCAGGAAGGUGAGCGAGGUACUGGCCUCUGCACUCACGCCCGCACGCACUCAUGCACGCACACCACUCGCACCACUACAAUACCUACAAAGCCUGGUGAAGGACAUGGUCCGCAACGAGUGCAAGUGUCACGGCGUGUCCGGGUCGUGCGCGGUGAAGACCUGUUGGCGCGCCCUGCCGCCGUUCCCCGCAGUGGGGGCCGCGCUCAAAGUCAAGUACCUCAGGGCCAAGUUGGUGGCGCCGCCGGACAAGGAACUCCGGCGAGAUAUCGUGCCGUACCACCUCCCCAAUGCGCUCAGGCAGCCGCCACAGCUUCUUCGCAGGUCCCGUAACGGAGCCGGCCUCGGUCGUCCGGCGCGCAAGUCGGAGCUGGUGUACCUGCAGCCGUCGCCCUCGUACUGCGAGCCCGACCGCGCCGCCGCCGCGCCCGGCACCAGCGGCCGCCACUGCAACGUCUCCUCCCACGGUAACCGUGCCCGUCACCGGCUCCGGCGCGUUCUCGGGUCUUCCCUGUGGGUGGAAUUCGACAGCCCAGGCACGCGAGCCCGGGGUGGAUCGGGGAGUGUCGACGUCUUACACUACAGAUACGGCCGGGAACGACGGCGCCCCGGUCCUUCCGAAGCGCGGGGGAGCUCGAUAUAAUGAUUUUUUGUUAUGUUUGGCUUGCUCAACUUCCGCAUCGCAGGUCGAACACGCUGCCCCCUGCGGACGAUGCGAGCGAUCGUUAUAAUCGAGCGCACGUGUGUAAAUGUGUGUGUAUGUGUGCAGGUGAGGACGGGUGCGUACGGUUGUGCUGCGGGCGCGGGUGGGGCGCGGUGCGCGCAGUGCGGCGCCACAAGUGCCGGUGCCGCUUCCACUGGUGCUGCGCCGUCACCUGCGACUCCUGCCAAAGCACCACCGACGCUCACGUCUGCCACUGACGCGCCCGGCCCCGCUGCAGUGCUAGUGUUGAGCCGUUGUCGGCUUUCGAAUAUAUUAAGUGGCUUAUAUCUAUCGACUCUUCGGUUUGUUUGCCCUCGUAUCGACGAAAAUCGGUGGACUGUAGAACGUGAUAAUCGGUGAACGUUCCGGUGCGUGAGUUACGCGACAAAUGACUUCGAAUACGAGAGAAAAACACGAACUUGUGAAUAAUAAAGUGGAAUAUUUCUCUGGCGAAAAAUAUUGGUUUUUAAUAAAUGUUAAGUUAUUUAAUUGUGGAAUCUUCUCUUUCAUGUUUUUAAUGUUUAUAAAACAAAAAAGUAUAUAUUUUAUCCUGUUUAGAGUCUGAUGUCUGUAUUAAUUUUACUAUUUUAACAAAAUUGAUAUGUGUUAUUUUCGUAAUUUAUUGCAUAAAUUAAUUGCAGUAUAAUGUACCUCCGAGUGUUGAUCAAAAUGUUUCUUCUACGA